UUUUUUUCCAGCCAGUUCCUAGGAAGCGUGAAACGGGUGGCCUUUGCAAGAGGAGAAAUCCUAUGAUGUACGUAGCGACUAUUUCCGAUUAGGAGGCGACAAAGUAGCCAAAUAACAACGAUGACGGAUGGAAGCGUAUUUUCUUCGUUUCUCGUUUCACCCGACGAGCUCCUAGAAGCACUACGGAGCAGUCACGAUGAUCAGAACCAACUAACUCGGCGCCUUAUCCCCCUCUGUGCUACGUGGUUUCUCUCAACGGACGGCCGGAAAGGAAUUGAUAGCUUCAAGCAAAAGCGAAUACAAAACUCUCGGUUCUUCGACCUCGACAAGGUUGUUGAUCCAAACACGUCUCUUCCUCAUAUGUUGCCCUCUGCUUUGGACUUUGCGGCUUGCAUGAGCGCCUUAGGUAUUCGCCGAACAGAUGUGAUAGUUGUAUACGAUUCGUAUGAACUCGGGAUCUUCAGCGCACCUAGGGUGGCGUGGACAUUGCAGGUUUUUGGCCACGAGCAUGUCCAUAUACUCAACAAUUUCAGGUUGUGGCUUAACGGUGGGUAUCCAACCGUGUCGGGGGAUUGGGAUACGCCGGCCACAUCUUCCUACCCGACCCCAAAGAAGAAUGAAUACAAGGUAGUUUCCUUCGAGGAACUCAGAGAUCACUUUCUCAUAAACAAAGAAAACGGUAAUAAUCAAUGGCAAAUAUUGGAUACUAGAGCAGAGGCACGGUGGAGCGGAAAAGCACCAGAACUCCGACCAGAGUUAGCCUCUGGACAUAUGCCUGGUUCUUUCAAUUUACUAUUAUCCGAUGUGCUAGAUCCAAACACACGCGCAUUCCUACCAGGAGAGGAAAUACGAGCUGUUCUAGAAAGAAAAGGCAUCAAUCCGCAACGACCUAUCGUCACAAGCUGUGGAUCUGGUGUUACUGCUGCAAUCUUGACGGUGGCGCUUCGCGAAGCACGCUAUGGCGAUGAAGAUAAUCAAAGACUAUAUGAUGGUAGUUGGAGGGAAUGGGGUCAACGAGCCAUUGAUUAUGAGGGGCUUAUAAUUCGAUCGUAGAGCGUACUGCUUAGAAAGAUCAUAUAUCAACUAGAAGAGGGC